UUUACUUGCUAUGUCUCCCGUAGCUCAGACCUAGCUAGCUCUUCCACCAUUAUUGGAGCACUAUUUAAGUUUUAGUAGUUUUCUCUCUUUGAUCUCGAUCGAUGACUCCUCCACCUUAUCAUAAUCUUUCACCUCCUUCCCCUUUUAAUCUUGAGCUUAGUGGAGAUCAUGAUCUUCAAUACCACCACCUCUUCAAUCUUGAACCUCAAACUUCCUUUUCUUCUUCUCUUUCUAGUCCCCUUUUCUUAACUCCAGCUCAAGUCCAAGCACGAUCCGAUGAUCAUUAUAGAAAACCACAACAGUUUCAAUUCCAACUCCUAGAGGCUGAUCAUAACAUUGUUCCGUAUGGCGGAUCACGCGAUCAUGAUCAUCAAGCCAUUGAAAAUGAAGGUGGCAAUGGUACUGUUUUGAAAUUAAGCAUUUCCAAGAAUGGAGCUGACGGAAGUGGGAAUCCAAGUACUGACCAUGAGGUUAAUACUAGUUCAGUUAAGUGGAUGUCUUCAAAGAUGAGGAUGAUGUGGAAGAUGUCAAACCCUGAUCACACAUCAAGCAGUUCUAAUAGUAGUGGUGAUAAACCAAUUUCCAUGAAGUUAUCAUCACACAAAUUUGAAGAGCAGAAGCCGCAGCAUCCAUCAUCGCAAUUAGGAGCCGAAAUGAUCAGCUGCAGCAACAAUUCAUCAAACAACAUGAGCAGCCUCCCAAUUAUUAGGGUUUGCUCCGAUUGCAGCACUACUAAGACACCUCUCUGGAGGAGUGGACCGAGAGGCCCUAAGUCACUUUGUAACGCUUGUGGAAUCCGGCAAAGGAAGGCAAGGCGGGCAAUGGCGGCAGCGGCAGCUGCAGCCGCAGCAAGUGGCACAACCCUGACAGUUGCCGCACCAUCUAUGAAGAGUAGUAAGGUGCAACACAAAGACAAUAAAUCAAGAGUAAGUUCUACCGUUCCCUUCAAGAAAAGGCCGUACAAUAAACUGACCUCAUCCCCAUCAUCUCGAGGCAAAUCAAAGAAGCUUUGUUUUGAGGCCCCCACUGCCGCCGCUGCCACUACCGCACUUCAACGAGUUUUCCCGCAGGACGAGAGGGAAGCUGCAAUCCUGUUGAUGGCUUUAUCUUGUGGACUUGUUCAUGGUUGAAUAAAUUUCAACACAUGCAUCCUCAAAUUUAAUUAGUCUACUAGUACUUGUUUUGUAGUAGUACUUUAGCUAUAUAUUAGAACUAAAUCAACUAAUUAAGUUUAAGCUAGAGAGUGAGAGAGAGUACCAAAAUCAGUGAUGUGGAAGCAAAUUAGUUAAUCAGUUCAAUAAAAGCCAAAAAUAUUGUGUUGUGA